CGGGCGCAUGUGCGGCCCGGCCUGUUCACUGGCGAUCAAUACAGUCCGGGUCAGAAGGCCUAGCGCCGCCGGAGCCGGCUGACCGGGCGGGCACGCACACCGUCACCGUCCGGCGAUGCUUGUCGGCGGAGGGCAGGAGAUGCGGAGUAAGGCGUACGCCCUCUGCAGGGACUACCUGCAUGGCGCCUGGCAGCUGAUCGCCGCCGAUCAGAUGGUCUUCAAGCCAAUCAGUGGCGGCCUGAGCAACCUUCUGUUCUUCUGCGAACUACCAAGAUGUCAGCCACCUCUAGGCGACGAGCCUUCCCGAGUCCUGUUGAGAAUGUAUGGUCAAGUGCGGGACGGGGCGCACGAGUCGACCAUCACCGAGUCUGUGAUCUUUACCCUGCUGGCUGAGCGUCGGCUGGGGCCGAAGCUGUACGGCAUCUUUCCCGGAGGCCGUCUGGAGGAGUACAUCCAGGCGCUCCCACUCUCCUGCGGUGACCUACGUGACCCGCAGAUCAGCCAGAAGAUCGCCGAGAAGAUGGCCAUGGUGCAUUCACUGGAGGUGCCCAUCUGUAAAGAGCCCACCUUCCUCUGGCAGACUAUGAAAAAGUGGAUCCAGCUAUCUCAUACAUCACUCAGCGAUGUGACGCUGGCCGACAACCCCGAAAAGAAAGAUAUCAUCAAGGCGUUAAGGCUUUGUAACUACGAUCAGGAGAUGGACUGGAUGCGAAAAUACUUCGCCAAAACGUCAUCGCCCGUCAUGUUUUGCCACAACGACUGUCAGGAGGGCAACAUCCUGAGGCACGACGUCAGCAGCAGCCAGGAGCCACGGCUCACGCUCAUCGACUACGAGUACUGCAGCUACAACCACCGCGGCUUCGACCUGGCCAAUCACUUCUGCGAGUGGAUGUACGACUACUCGCCGCCCGAGUACCCGUUCUUCCGGGACCGGCCCGGCCAGUGGCCCGACCGGGAGCAACAGUUGCGCUACAUCCGCGCGUACCUGCGAACCCGGGAUGCGGCCCCCGAGAACGACACCGACUCCAGCAGCGCCAGUCCCGGACCUCACGAAGAGGAGCAGAUGCUGGAGGAAGUCAGAGUCUUCACUCUUGCAUCGCACCUCUUCUGGACACUCUGGAGCAUCGUGAAUGCACCAGUGUCCACCAUUCCUUUUGGCUACUGGGAGUACGGCCUGUGCCGCCUGCGAGCCUACCAGCGACACAAGCAGCACCUGCUCGAGUCGGACCCCCAGUGCUCGAAGACACCCCAGGGCCUCAAGCGGUCCGCCAACGAAUUGGACUAGCCCACGGGGAGGGGACGGAUGUCCUUGUAGGGGGAGGGGGACACGCUUACGCCGCCGCCGCCGCCGCCGCCGCCGCUCCACGUCGGCUCGGGUGAAGCGUCGGCGGGGAGCGAGACGGCGUGACCUCCGGUCAUCGGCAGAGCCGGUCGGUCGUGUGCCGAUCCUCGCGGCAAUGCGCGCCAGCACAGCAGCAGCCUGCCGCGUGCCUUUUGUGAGCACAAGUGAGGUCUGGCUGGUAGUAUAUCAGAAGAUCAGGGACACCUGCUUGAGACAUGAGGCUUCGCUAGCUCUCUCGGCGGCUGUGGAGUGGCGGUGUGGUAAAGCGAUUGCUCACAGUGACUGGGCUGGAUCCAGGAGCGGGUGCCAGUAAUUUGUUCUUAAUGUGUUUUUUUUGUCAUGCGAAAAUUGUUGCACGGCACGUGACGUGCAAAAAUAUGCGGCCGGCUCAUUCCAGGUUUCUGUUUUGCUCUCUUAUCCUUUGUGUGUAUUAUCGGACCAACGUUUGUCAGCCGCCACACUGGAUUCACAUGUGUGAAGGGUCCACAGAGGUCAUGGGUCAGAGGCGCGCGCAUUUACGCAGCCGUUUCCUGACAGCGAGAGCAAUGUCACGGCAGGAUAAAUUCCAAGCGACCAUCAACUGCUUUGUGCGUGGUGGAACCCCCGGGACAUUGACCAGUGCGUAUUCUGGUCAGCAAUUUUGCAGGGACGGUUGUCUGGGCUCAGAAGUCUCAGAGGACAGCCACGGUGUGAGCAGGUCUUACUCAAGUGAAGACCCACCAUUCCAAGCACCGUUUGCUUUCGAUGUGGCGACAGCGUGCGUCGAGCUGACUGCACAUUCCGGGUGUGACACUGUACGGUCUCGAGUGCUCGUACAUUUUAUAUGGCGAUAGAAGUUUGAACUUUGAGCUCGGUGGCAUGACCAGUGGAGACCAAAUAUAUGCGUUGCAGCGCUAUGCAAAUGAGCAGCGAUGAAUGGCUUGGCCCCAUGGCUUAAUGCACUGAACCACUCCUUUACGUUGUGUGACUGUGAACGUUGGAAAUGUGACGGAAUCUUUUUUAGGGUGUCAAAAUGGUGUAUGACUUCAGCAUCGUGUCAUUGUGACUUGUGAUAUGAGUAUCUGUCAUUUAAACGCAAUCAACAUAUAUUCAGGACAAACAUAUCUAGCUAUAUCUCUUUUCAUUUUCUAUCGUAACGUUGCGAACAAAACCAAAAUACUAUACGACUGAUAGUUGAAAUUCAAGCCAUGCCUUGACUUCCCAGCGUUGUGAGCCGAAAACGAAAAGCAAAGGUGCAGGCACUGCACGGUUAGGGAUCUGUCGGAGCUCAGAUGUGGCCUUGAAAUUCGAAUUGUUCUUUCACCACAUAAAACAAAUAGGACAAGAAGAUGUUUCAGUUGGCGCGAUCCCUUCCACCAUCCCCGAUAAGAGAAAUUGGCUCUUUCAUCUCCUGUAGCCACUGCCGUGCGCCGUUAGAUUUCCGUUUUGUGACAUCUGGAUUCAGUGCACUACACCGACCUCUGGAAAUGUUUUGUCAUGGGUUGUGUGCAGGCCUCCUAAAGUUGUUAACGGGGCGCCCCUAAACAGUUUCAUAAGGUUGGGCUAAGCAAAAGCUUCAAACAAGUAACAUGCGCAUACACGAAAAACUCGGCCAAGGAAAGGCCCGGUUCGUUAAGUCUGUUGCUUUGGCAAAAAUCCAAACUCAGUGUGUGCUAUGGCGUGUGUUAGUGCUGUGGCGUGAUUUCCAGCUAUGAGACGGCACUGCAAUGUUCGUAAUCGUAGAUAUCUAUGUUCGCUAUUCAGAUGGCACCAUUGCUGCCAAAUGCACUGAUAUUGCACCCGUGCUGCAUGGAUUUGCAUCCUUCUGGACCCGCGCGGAACAUCACAAACCUCUUUCGAUUAGCGAUUCCGUGUCGACAAGUUCUCGGAGGGUGCCAAGGGUUCGAGAUUGGCACGCUUGUCUACUCGUGAUAAGUUCUAUUUGUGAUUUGUAAACGACAAGUCAUGUGAAGCCACUGGCGCUGAAUAUACACGACAUGAAACUAC